AUGUCACCCACGUACGUGAAAGUCGACGGCCGGCACGGGCGCGGUGUCCGCUGGACGGCGCUGUGCAUCCACUGCAAGGGCGCCCAUCGGGCCCGCAUCUGCAAGCGCCUCCAGAAGGAUCUGGAAGCCAAGACGGCGGACAGCUGGCCGUUGCCACUGCCGACCUACGCAGAGUUGGCAACGUCGGAGAAGGCGCGGCUCGACGCGAUGCCAUGUGACUACUGCGGCGAGCCGGACCACCCCGUUGUUCGCUGUCGCGCCGUCGGCAAGGCGGUGAGCGCUCAAGCACUCCCAGCGACGUACCACGUGCCGGUCGGCCUUUGCUGCGAAUACUGUGCACACUUUGGCGCGUACGAGCCGGGACACCCGAUCACAGCGUGCCGGCUUCUUCUGGAGCACGCAGCAGAAGGCGUCGUCGCAGUGGACUUUGUUGCGCCGGAGCACCUGGUCAUCAAGACUGCACAAGGCCCGCCGGUGUACCGGGUCUUCGAGAGCCGCCCGGACCACACCUGCGAGUACUGCAGCGUAGCCGGUCACCGGGCGUGCGUCUGCGAUGAGCUGCGCCGGCACAUCGGUGCACGCUGCGUGCGGGCGUCGUUUCGCCUCAAGACGCGGACCGGCGGGUGCGAGGCAUGCGCCCGCCACUUGCUCGACUUCGCGUCGCACAGCCCAAAGUGGUGCCCCUUUAUGGGGCCCGACGACGACGACCAGCCCACACGUGCAACCGGCAAGCGGCCGUCGGCAGGCCAUGCAAUGAAGACAACCAAGAAGGCCAAGGCGUAG